AUGGUUCCGAAGGAGAAGGGAACGGUUGAAGUCACGUCGGGAAAAGAUGUCAUAGCAGUUGAGCCACAACCUGAUGCAAUAGUUAAAUGUCCUGGAAAUGGGAUAAUUGUUUCAGGGAUGGCUCCUCCAGAUUCGGGAUUUGACUUCUAUAGUCGAUACUUCUGCCCAAAAUUUGGAAUCAAUGAGGAUCCUGUUUGUGGGAGUGCACAUUGUGCCUUAGCAUCCUACUGGAGCAAGAAGCUGGGGAUGUGUGAUUUUAAUGCUUAUCAGGCAUCACCCAGAGGGGGAGCUCUCAUUAGUCAUCUUGAUGAGGAGAACCAAAGAGUGCUAUUGCGUGGGAAGGCGGUCACAGUGAUGGAAGGGUGUAUUCUGGCCUAGGCCAAUUCCUAAAAUUGCAGAAUACAUAGUUGUUCCAAUCUCAGAUGAUAAGAGUUGUAAUUUGAGUACUGAACUGUUAUGACACUUAAUCACAUAAAACCUAGGUGUGCAGUGUAAUAAUAUUUGUUGAGUUGAAUAAAUUGGUCUGGUCAUCGCUUUUGAGCAGACAUCCCCUU